GUAGCUUGACAGAGAAUGUAUUACUGCAGUGUAAUAUAUCUAACUUGUUUGUUCUCCAUCAUUGUUUCAGCUGAAGUGUAUUUACAAAGUGAGAGCCCAGAGUACAAGAGGAGAAGAGAGGAAUCUGCUUAUUUUCUUGAAAUACAGAUAGACUACAAACGUCCAGAGGACAUUCACAGAUUAAUAAAGAGUUUGGAAGGGAAGGACAAACAACUAAGAGAAAGAGAUGAACUUCUAGAGGACAGGAACCAGAAGCUGGAGGAAAAGGACCGACACCUGGAGGAGGUGAACAAGACACUGAGGAAGAGUGAAAAGAGGAUAGAAGAGAAGGAUUCACUCCUGGAGGAGAAGAAUAAACAACUAGGAGAGAGAGAUGAACUGCUAAAGAAGAGAGAUAAAGUGUGUGAUGAGAAAGACAAGCAGCUGAAGGAGAAAGAUGAUGAACUAAAGAGGAGGCAGGAGGAACUGGGAGAGACAAACAAACAACUAGAAGAGAGACACCAACGCCUGGAGAGACUAGAGAGUGAAGGUAAAGAGAGAGACCAACGACUGGAGAGACUACAGAGUGAAGGUAAAGAGAGAGACCAACGACUGGAGAGACUACAGGGUGAAGGUAAAGAGUUAGAGAAGAGUCUGGAAGGGAAGGACAAACAACUAAGAGAGAGAGAUGAACUUCUAGAGGACAGGAACCAGAAGCUGGAGGAAAAGGACCGACACCUGGAGGAGGUGAACAAGACACUGAGGGAGAGUGAAAAGAGGAUAGAAGAGAAGGAUUCACUCCUGGAGGAGAAGAAUAAACAACUAGAGGACACAGAGAGCAGACUGGAGGAAACUACAACACAACUGAAGGAGAAGAACCAAAACCUUCAGGAGAAAGAGACACAACUGGAUGACAUGACCCAGCAGGUGAGAGAGAAGGAGAGACAACAGGAGGAGCUUAGAAAAGACCUGCAGGACAAGAACAACCAAGUAGAGAAGCUCACAGUCCAACUGCAGGAGAAAGACUCUGAACUGGAGGAGAGGAACCAGAGACUGAGAGAGAAGGAGGGAGAAUUAGAAGAGAGAGACCAACGACUGGAGAGACUAGAGAGUGAAGGUAAAGAGAGAGAGAAGAGACUGGAAGAGAAGGACAAACAACUAGGAGAGAGAGAUGAACUGCUGAAGGAGAGAGACAGACAGGUGGAAGAUGUCAAAAAUGAAAACAUUAAACUUGCACAGCAGAUAUGUGACCUGAACACUGAGGUAGAGAGACAGAGAAAUGAGUUAUCGUUUAAAACCACUGAGAGAGGAGAGAUCUCAGAAGCAGGCCCCAAACUACCAAUCAGGAGGAGACGCAACAGCUUGGAUCUUGGUCCAAACAUGGGAGGAGAGACCCCAGAUACAGACCCACCACUACCACAGGAUGAAGGUUCUACUGUGGUCCCUGUAGUCAGGAGGAGACACAGCAUGGAACAACCUCCAGACAUGGGGGGAGAGAGCAGCAGUCCAGACCCUCCAGUGUCUCCCAGUGUGUCUGAGCUGAGACUGGUGCUGCUGGGGAGGACUGGGGCUGGGAGGAGGGCAGCAGGAAACACCAUCCUGGGCAGAGAGGAGUUUGGGGCCCAGGACAGCCCCUCUGCAGUCACCCAGAGGAGCAGGAGGAGAGAGGGGGACGUGUGUGGGAGACGGCUGGUGCUGGUGGACACUCCAGACUGGUUCUGCCCUGGACUCUCUCUGGAGGAGAUGAGACAGGAUGUGGGGCUGUGUGUCCGUCUGUCCGCCCCGGGACCCCACGCCUUCCUCCUGGUCGUACCAGUGGAGCCCUCUGAGGGGGAGGAGAGAGGAGCCAUGGAGAGAAUGGAGGGCAUGUUUGGAGAGGGUUGUUGGGGACACACUGUCAUUCUGUUCACCCAUGAUGACAGUCUGAGAGAGCAGAGCAAGGAGGAGUUUCUCCAAACAGCAAGUCAGGACCUCCAGCAGCUUGUAGAGAAAUGUGGGAACAGGUACCACGUCCUCAACAUUAAGGACAGGGCCCAUGGCACUCAGGUCCCAGAGCUGCUGCACCAGGUAGAGGAGAUGGUGGCAGGAAACAGAGAGAGCUUCUACAGCAGUCAGACCUACCAGGAGGCAGAGGCCCAGGUCAGAGAGAUGGAGGGAAAGAUUCAGAAAGGUAUAGAAGAGAAGAGACAGAGAGAAGAAAAAGAAAUGAAAGAGAGGGUUGAUGAAGAGAUUCAACGCUGUCUGGAAAGAAAGGAGAGAGAGAUCCAGAAGUUGAGCUUAGACAUCAGAACACUCAAUGAGAAAAUAACAGAUCUAGAGAAACAGCUGGAGGAAGAGAGGGAUGACCAGAAGAUAGGAGAACUAGAGAGGGAGCUAAAGAGAGAGAUCCAUCAGAGAGAGGAGUUAGAGAAACAUUUGGAGAGUGUCAGAGAAAAGUCAGAAGAAGAGAGACGAGAGCUGGAAGAGAAACACCUGAAAGACAUGGAGAAGAUGAGGGUGAAGUUUGAAGAAGAGGCCAGAGUUGAAGCAGAGAGAAAACUAAUGAAGAUUGUCCUGCCUGCAUUACAGAAACAUGUUAGUGUCUUGAUGUCAGAGAGAGAGAUGCAGCUCAGGAGACAGGUGGAGGACAUGGCUAGGGAGAUGCAGGAAAAGGAUAGAAAGAUGGAUAGAAUUCAGCACAAAGUAAUAGAUCUCAGUACUGAGUUUUUAAAAUAGUCAAUGAAGUCAGUGCAUUGGACAAGUCCUAGGACCAGAGGAGGAUCUGGAAGAGGAGGCUACUUACACAACCUCUCUAUAGAGGAGAGAUGGAACUAGAGACCUAACCAGAGACCUCUGACCUUGAUUCAUACAGAUGGUUUCUGUAAAUAUAUUUCUACUCUGUGUAUCUCUGCUGUUAACCCUAACUUGUUAAGAUCCUGGAGAAAUGGUCAUUGGUGAAUUCUGCAAAACAUCAACCACCUUGUAAAGAUUCUGAAGCAUUUAUAUUUUCUGAAUAAAUAAUAUAGAAGAUG